CAGUUUUUACUGAGCCGGUGAUGAGAACAGAAACCAGGGAAAUGCUUCUCUAAAUGUCAACUGCCGUUUAAAUUUAAAUAUAAAUAUAGCUGUGUUAGUAAAUAAAGCAUUAAAAAAGUCGUGUUUGACACCGGAAGUAAAUUGUAAACAGUAAAGUGCGUCUCCGGCAACGGUUUUCUGGGAGGUUUUUAUUUUUUUUUUUCGAGAAAGUCUCAUAAACAGAAACAAACUUAAAUAAACAGUUAAAUAAGAUCGUCUCAGAGUCGCAUCUCACCAGGACCUUUAUUACCGACAAGAGGAGAUUUAAUAAGACACAUUAUCAGAGGAAGUGGAGCUCCAGCCCAGUCCAGCAUGGAGCAGGCAGAGGAUCAGAGCAGCCCUUGUUCCUCCAGCAGCAGCACUACAGGCUCCGGGGGAAACACUCGGCCUGCACAGAUCUCACAGAUGUCUCUGUACGAACGACAAGCUGUACAGGCUCUGCAGGCUCUACAGCGACAGCCUAACGCAGCUCAGUAUUUCCAGCAGCUGAUGCUUCAACAACAGAUUAACAGUGCUCAGCUUCACAACCUCGCCGCUGUUCAGCAGGCCACACUUGCUGCCAGUCGACAGUCGAGUUCUCCAAACACCAGCGUCUCUGCAGUCAGCACAGCACAGUGCACAGGUAAUUUAAGCAGCACUUCUGGGGGCGCGACCAUGACCAACCCCCGCCCAGUCGGCCCUGCCACAUCUGUGACAUCAUCCGCUAUUAGCCAAUCAGUGUUGCUGAGUGGAAACUCAGCAGGUCAGAGACAGAUGUAUCUACGAGUGAAUCGCUCGCUCAGAGCUCCUCAGCUCAUCUUUAUGCCUGGUGGCACGGCAACAGCUGCAGUGGCAACAGUUGCCCAGCAGCAGCCUCAGCAACAACAGCAACAACCCCAGCAGCAGCAACAGGAAAUCCCUCCCACAACUUCCAGUACCCAGUCAGAUAUGGACCAGGUGCAGAAUCUUGCCCUGCACUGUGCUUCUGCCCCCCGAAUGGCUGCCGUUAAGACUGAAUACCCUGACAGGAAGGAUCCUACUUCAUUCUCUCUUGGCCCACAGUCUCAGCAGCAGCAGCAGUUUUCUCCGUCAGCUCAGCAAAUCAACAGCAAUAAGCUUCCCACUCCUCCUUCCUCCACCUCUUCCUCUCUUUCUUCCUCUUCCUCUACCUCCUCUCCCUCUCUCCCUCUUUCCCAGCUCUUGCUCUCUCCAUCUCGACUCACACCUGCUGCGACGGUGACCCACAUCCUGGUCCCGAGCUCCAAUGUCCCCACUUCCUCUCUGGGUUACCCCAAGCCCAGUGUGACUGCUCAGACGCUGGUGGUGCAGCCGCUUCAGCAGCAGCAGCAGAACGGAGGGGACAAAAUGGCAGGCCCUGUCCCCAUCCAACCGAAAACAGCCCAAAGCAGUCGUCUGCCGUCACAGUUGCCCCCUCGGCAGCCUCCACCUAUUCUCCCAGCUCCUCCCCCUUCCCACCCUCCACACGUCCCGGUCCAGUUGCUCGGUUCCAGACAGGGGACACUGGGAAACUCCCAGGCUGUAGCAGUCCCACAGGCCCGGACCUGCUACACCCAGCAGGACAGCUCCACUCACACCCCCAACCAUGGCUCUGCCGCUAAUGCAGUCACCGUGGUAACUGCUAUGGAGACGGGCAGUGCUGGUUCAGGCCUUAAAGUGACCAACCAGAAUGCAGAACCAAGUCAGAUCAGCUCUUCUGCUGAGAUUCUAGCUCCAGAGGGAGAUCACAGCAGCACUGUAGUGCCACCAGCUGGAGAGACUAUGUUUGAACAAACUGGAACCACACAGAUGAAGCCUGCGAUCAGCUCCUUGAAAAGAAAAUCAGAAUCAGAUGUUGCAAGUGAGAUGACCUCUGAAACCACUGCUCAGAACUGUUCAUCAAUCCCAGACUCCGCCCCUCCACUCUCUCCUGCUCCCUCAUUGGAUACUGCUCCUGAGAUAGCGUUCUCCACUCCACCGACACUGUCUCUGUCCCUGCCUCACCCUCGAGCUCCUCUCCCCCAGGCCGUGGUCAAACCACAGGUCCUAACUCACCUUAUCGAAGGCUUUGUUAUUCAGGAAGGCGCUGAGCCAUUUCCUGUGACGGGUCCAAUAAAGGAGCGGUCUGAGGGUGUUCCUGUGCCUCUCUCUAUGCAGCCAGAAAACAACACCCCCUCUGUGCUGAAGUGUGAGUUCUGUGAAAGAUUUGCUCCUGCGAGUCAGUUCCGUGGAACUAAACGCUUCUGCUCCAAGACCUGUGCCAAGAGGUACAAUGUGAGUUGCAGUCAUCAUUUCCGCACCAGUCGAGGCCGCAGCAGUGCACCCAUGUAUGAUGAGAUGGUGAGACGCAGGGGUCCUCACAGGAGCAGCUCGGAGAUCGCCUGCGCUAAAAUCGCUGGCAGACACCUGCCCGUAAAGUGUCGCUCUGAGUCCAGUCGCUCAGAGGACGUCUCUAGCUGUGAAGGUGAAGAAGAAGAAGAGGAAGACUAUCUCUCUCCAGGCUCCUCCUUCUCCUGUUCUCGCCCCGCCCGCUGUGGCCCUCAAAUGGAUGAGUCUGCACAAGGCGGCCUUCCAUUGGAUGGAGACCAUUUCCUGUCUGCUAGCCCCUCCCACUGGAGUGUGGAGGAAGUGUGUCGCUUCAUUUCCUCUCUGCAAGGCUGUGAGGAUCUGGCGGGUCACUUCCUGUCUCAGGAGAUUGAUGGUCAGGCGCUGCUGUUGCUGAAGGAGGAGCAUCUGAUGAGUACCAUGAACAUUAAACUGGGCCCCGCCCUCAAGAUCUGCGCCUCCAUCAACAGCCUGAAGGAAUGAGCGUGUUGAGGGUUGGGAAGGACAUUAAGGGUGGUGUGGGGGGUUGUGGGGGGAUCUGGUGAGCAGGCUUUUAAUGGAAGGACAUUUAUUCAGCAUUUCACUUUAACUGACCUGAAUAACAGUGACUCUCAGAUCUGAGUGCACUGCCAUCACUGACCAUCUGACAUCAUCUGAACAAAACACCACCACGUGACACUGUUAGGUCAGAGCCCAGGUUAUCAUCAGUAAAAUACAGAGAACUGAAGCUAAGUGUAAGAGCUAAACAUGCUCAUUCUUUAGUAUGAAGCCUGGAGAGAAAACACUUUCAGAACAACAGGAGAGAAAAAGCCAAAACACUGACUAUAGUACGUACAUCCUGUUUUAAUGCUUUACAUCAUUUCCCUAAUCAUUCUGGGACUUGUGUUCUGUCGCUCCUUCUCUACAUCGCCUCUGAUGUCCUGAGUUAGCAGAAGUACAGUGGUGGCAAGUGCACUCAGACUGAAGCACCCUACGGAGUGCGCACUACAGUGAGGCGCUCGCACACGGCAGUAGAUCAAGGAUGUUAUUCUGAUGUUUAUUUUUCUAUCAGGCUAAAGGAGAGGGCUGUGUCACCUGUCAGUAUUAAUGAGUAGCGUGUUUAUGAUGAAGGCAGACAGGAGGUCAUGUGACUCCAACAGCCAAUCAUAGUGCAUAACCCAGGCAACUUUAUUUUUCUCUACAAUAGGUUAUUGUAGGAGUUGUUUUGUUUUUGUUUUUCAUUUGUAAUACCCAACAAAAUCCAUCACUUACUUUUUCCCUAUCUUUUUGUUUAGUAUAAGUGUCAUGACCUUUGACCCCUCAGUUCCUGUUAGAGGAAGAGUGCCUGGCAAAGUGCACAAGUUUUCUAGUUUAUUACUCCACUGUAUGAAAAAAUAAAGUGUUACAGUAAAAAGA